GUGUGUGUGUGUGUAUAUGUAUGUGUGUGUGUGUGUGUGUGUGUGUGUGUGUGUGUGUGUAUGUGUGUGUGUGUGUAUAUAUAUGUGUGUGUGUGUGUACGCUGCGUGGCCGCUUUAACUAAGCCAAGUGUCACAUGGCCGGUUCCUGGGCCCGAGAGGAGAGGAGAGGAGAUCAGAGACAAGAGACGGCAGGAGGAUGGGGCUUCACCCAGCACAAGGACAUUAAGUUUUGCCGUUCGGGUUGGUGGUGGAUCGUGAGGGGGUGAAAGCGGGCUCGAGGAUUGUGGGGAGUCCCAACCGACCGACCCUUAACCCCUGACCCCGGGGAUGGCCUACGACCUCUGGAAGUCCAGCGGGCGCGCUGGAUGAAGAGGGGAGGGGCGGUGAGGCGGGGACGAGACUGAGAGAAGGCCGCCAUUGUCGCGGGGUUCGAGAUGUCGUCUUUCAGGCCCUCCCCACGCGAGGCUCCGCGGCCCGCGGCACGCCUGGGCCCCUGAGCGAGGCCUUCGAAGGGAGCGGGAACAAAAAACCCAAAACCAGACGGGCCGCCCGACAUGCAGUCAGACGACUUUUUCUUCCGCAAGUUCAAGAGGAGCAACCCCCGACCCCUGCUGACGGCCGUGACCUUCGAACCCAAGGCCGCCAGGCCGGCCCCGGAGCCGGUGGGCACCACCGUGAGGGCCCGCAUCCUGGAAUGGCCGCCGCAGAAGGAGAUGCCCGAGGGCCAGGGGGGGGCCCCCUCCUCCUCCCAGCCCGCGGCUGAGGGACUCGGUCCAGAGGAGGAGGUGGUGGAGGUGGCGGAGGAGGAGGAGGGGGAGGGCAGGAGCGCCGGGCCAACGCGAGGCCCCGCCCCCAUCCAGCGUAGUAACAGCGAGGCGGCCAUUGCAGAGAGCGCGGCCUCCCCCGCGGCCACUGGGGCGGCGCUCCACCGGGAGUACGGCAGCGCCUCGUCGGUGGAGCGGCCCCGGGGGCCCGAGGGGGAGGGGGAGAGGGAGGGGGAGGGGGCCGAAUCGCCGGCCGCCCCCCGUUUCCACGACCCCUACCUCCUCCUGGGGUUGCCCGAGACUCCCGGGCCCAUUGUCCAGGCCCAGGCCCAGGCCCAGCCUCUGGCCUGCCGCCGGGCCCUGAAGGCCGAGGGGCCCAGGUCUCCGGGCCCCGACGAGCCCCGGUCGGGCCCUCCCUGGCGUAGGCCCCGCAGCCUGGCCCACUACGACGUCCAGAGCCUCCUCUUUGACCCGCAGCGAGCGGCCUCCAGCCGCGACAGCGCCGGGCGGCGCAAGAACAUGGUGACCGGCGCCUCUGCGGCCUCCCAGGCCCCGGGACCCAGCAAGGCCCAGGAGCCGCCGGAUGGCGAGGGCGAGGGCGAGGGAGAGGGCGCGGGAGAGGGGGCGGCGCUCGUCCUCAGCUGCCCGCACUUCCGCAACGAGGUGGGGGGCGAGGGGGAGCGGCAGAGGUCGAGUCAGUGCCCCAACGCUGCCGUCUCGGUGCUGGAGGAACCACGAGAGAGUCAGCUCACACGCACUGGCGUCUACUUCAUCGAGCACGCUGACCUUGGCGCCAACUACUACCGCAAGUACUUCAGCGGCAAAGAGCAUCAGAAUUUCUUCGGGAUCGACGAGGGCCUGGGGCCGGUGGCAGUCAGUCUGAGGCGGGAGGAGAAGGACAAGGACUCUGGGAGCAGCUCGCAGUAUAACUACCGCAUCAUCGUGAGGACCACGGAGCUGCGGACUCUGCGAGCCUCGAUCCUGGAGGACGCCUUCCCCUCGUCAGCCCGCCACGGCCCGCAGCGAGGCCUCCCGCCCAAGAAGCUGCUGGAGUACGUGGUCCCGGGGCUCAACACUCAGUGUCUGCGCUUGGCCUCCAGCUCGCCCAAGGUGCCCGAGAUGCUGCUCAAACUGGACGAGCAAGGGCUGACCUUCCAGCGCAAGGUGGGGGUGAUGUACUGCAAGGCCGGGCAGAGCACCGAGGAGGAGAUGUACAACAACGAGAUCGCCGGGCCUGCCUUCGACGAGUUCCUCAACCUCCUUGGUCAACGAGUCAAGCUGAAGGGCUUCGAGAAAUAUCGAGCUCAGCUGGAUAACAAGACGGAUUCGACCGGCACACACUCGUUGUACACCACGUACCAGGAAUACGAGAUUAUGUUCCACGUCUCCACUAUGCUUCCAUAUACUGCCAACAACAGCCAGCAGCUUCUCCGUAAACGCCACAUCGGUAACGAUAUCGUGACGAUAGUCUUCCAGGAGCCCGGCGCUGGCCCCUUCACGCCAAAGACCAUCCGCUCACACUUCCAGCACGUCUUCCUAGUUGUACAAGUACACAACCCUUGCACCGAGCAGGUAUCCUACAGCGUCGCCAUCACCUGCUCCAAGGACAUCCCCGAGUUCGGCCCCUUCUUCCCGAAGGAGGCGGCUUUCUCCGGGACACCGACCUUCCGGGAGUUCCUGCUGGCCAAGGUGGUGAACGGAGAGAACGGGGCGGAGAAGUCGGAGAAGUUCCACGCCAUGGCCACCCGCACGCGGCAGGAGUACCUGAAGGAGCUGGCGGACAACCACGUCACCACGGCGACCGUCGACUCCUCCUCCUCCUCCAAGCUGGCCGCCAUCAUCUCCCUGCCCACCAAGAGGAAGGAGCGGCCCCGGGGAGGCCGGGCCCCCGAGCUGCACAGCGCCGGCGCGCUGGUGUGGCCCGUGGCGGCCGACUGGACGGGGGCGCCCGGAGAGGCAGACGCCGUGCUGGGCAUCUCCAACGAGUUUGUGGUGGUGCUGGACCCCCGGCGGCAGAGGGUGGUGUCGAACUGCUCGUGCCGGGACGUGAUCGGCUGGACGCUCAGCCGGGGCAAGCGAGUCGUCAUUUACUACGAGCAGGGCGAGUUCGUCGACGUCACCACCCUGGACAACCAGCCGGACGACUUCACCGAGAUCGUUCACCGGCUGGAGAUGGUGACGACGGGCUGCGUGACUGAAGACCUCGUUCUCCGCAGGAACAGCGUCCACCACCUGGGCUUCCAGGUCAACGGCGACGGCAUCGUGACGCAGGUGGAGGAGAACGGCUACGCUCAGAUGACGGGACUGAAGCUGUUCAGCCGGCUGGUGCGGAUCUGCGAGAUCCCCAUGGUGACCAUGUCCUACUCCAAGAGGACGGAGAUCUUGCGGAAGGCCGACCAUGUCCGGAUAACCAUCAUCCCCCCCGACAGCAAGGGCAAGCCCAGAAUGAGUUUCUCCGAGCUGUACAGAAAGUCGAUCGAGGAGACUGAGCGCAAGUGUGAACGGGUGUCAGACCUGGGGCUGGCCGCCCCCUGUUUGUUACUGUCCAGGAUGUCCUCGCUCCAGGAGACCAGGAGCACCGGUCCACACGGGCAACAGAGUCCCACCGUACGCAGUUGCUCUCUGGAAAUGAGAGUGACUCAGGGCCAAAGGAACGAGAGAGACCCCUGCUCCAGGCCCCUCAAGACCUCGACUCCUGACCUGAUUUUGGCCAUAAACUCCCAGUGCCCAAUGUCUCCCGGACGGCUGGGGUUCAAUGCUAAGGACGGCCAGGUCUCCGCUCCUCGAUGCUCAGCCCCUGAGGAGGGCCGCCCCAGCGAUCUGAGCGCUUGCGGCCCGGGUCCCUGGCACGCUCUGGGUGGUGCCACACCGAUCUCUUCACUCACCGCUGGUCCCAGCCAAAGCAUGACAAGUGGCGCCAACCUGCAUGAUAUCGUGGCAUCUGAUGCAUCCAACAUGCAGUGGGAGUCCCUGACAGAUAUCGCUUUAUACUGUGAAAACCUUGUUCACUCCUUCUCCUUGGAAGAAGAAAAAGCAGCAGAGGAAUCCAGCGAUGUCGAUGGCCAGAGGGAAGAGAACCAAUCGAGCGCCCCUCCGACAGCUCUGACUGAGAAGGUCUUUCAAUUGGAAACAGUCGUCAAGCAGUUGAAUGAGAAGCUACAGCAGGAGCAGGAGGACAAGGCCCAGCUGACGACCGAGAUGGAGCAGCUUCGACAGACGAACCAACGUCUGCACCAGGAGUCUCAGACCACCGUCUGCCGCCUCUUACGAGUAACGGAAUUACUGAUCCAUAACGGCAAUUCCAAGGCUCCCAACUUGCAUAAUUAGGGGGAGGGUGCUGGGAAUGCUGCUCACUUUCUGUCAGGAUGUGACCUUUGCCCCAAUGGUUGGCAGAUGUGAACUGCCGCUAAUUUGCUUUGUUCUGGGAACGUGCUGCUUGGGUCCGGUUCCAAAACAGGCCCUUCUGCCCACCGAGCCCGUGCCGGCCGGCGAUCCCCGCGCACUUACACUGGCCUAAGCGCUCGCUAGGGUUGUGGUCAACCUGCACGUCUUUGGAGCGUGGGAGGAAACCGGAGCACCCGGGGGUGGGGGGGAGAUCGUGCAAACUCCGCACAGACACGCACACACCCGAUCACGAUCGCGCCCGUGUCUCCGGUGCUGUGAGGCAGCAACUCUACCACUGCGCCACCAUGCUGGUUGUAAUUUUUAUUUUGCCCCGGGCGACAUUAUCUGUCGGAGGCUGUGGAAAUGCUCCUGGUGACAUCGCACUGACAUUGCGUGCUUCAAAGAUUUGAAUUGCUGCACUUUGCCAUUUUCAUCCUGUUCUGGAUUUAACAGCGUUUAGGAUUGUCUCAAUUGUGCCAUGCCCUGCCCUAGCCACAUGCUAUCUUUCAUCACCUAUCCACCAGCAUCCUAUCUUUCAUCACCUAUCUAUACAGCAUCCCUUUAAUCAUAGCCAAGUCUUGGCUCAACGUAGCCAAUAGUAGCUUUAGAGUCAUCCAGCGAUACAGCGUGGAAACAGGCCCUACUCGCCCACACCGACCAACAUGUCCCAGCUACACUAGUCCCACCUGCCUGCGUUUGGUCCAUAUCCCUCCAAACCUGUCCUAUCCAUGUACCUGUCAAACUGUUUCUUAAUUGCCUCAACUACCUCCUCUGGCAGCUGGUUCCAUACACCCACCACCCGUUACGUGAAAAAGUCACCCCUCAGAUAGAGAGAGUACAGAGGAGAUUUACUAGAAUGUUGCCUGGGUUUCAACGACUAAGUUACAGAGAUAGGUUGAAUAAGUUAGGUCUUUAUCCUCUGGAGCGCAGAAGGUUAAGAGGUCUUUAAAAUGAUGAGAGGGAUAGACAGAGUUGAUGUGGACAAGCUUUUCCCUUUGAGAAUAGGGAAGAUUCAAACAAGAGGACAUGACUUCAGAAUUAAGGGACAGAAGUUUAAGGGUAAUAUGAGGGGGAACUUCUUUACGCAGAGAGUGGUAGCGGUGUGGAAUGAGCUUCCAGUGGAAGUGGUGGAGGCAGGUUCGUUGGCAUCAUUUAAAAAUAAAUUGGAUAGGCAUAUGGAUGAGAAGGGAA